AUGGUAGAAAAUGGUUCGAGAACAAACCUUAGCUGCCGUGGACGUUAUGAUAUUGAGGAUGACUCAAUAGAUGGGGCGCCUUUAAAAAGUGACCCUGAAUGCUUCGAUGAUGAUGGCCGUCUUAAACGAACAGGGAAUGUUUGGACUACAAGCUCCCACAUUAUAACAGCUGUGGUAGGAUCUGGGGUGCUCUCCUUAGCUUGGGCAAUAGCUCAGAUGGGUUGGAUUGCUGGUCCUGCAGUGUUGAUCUUAUUCAGCAUUGUGACUUUGUAUACUUCAUCCUUUCUAGCUGAUUGUUAUCGUACUGGUGAUCCCAUGUUCGGGAAGAGAAAUUAUACUUUCAUGGACGCAGUUAGCACCAUUCUUGGUGGGAACAGUGUUACGUUUUGUGGGAUAGUUCAAUACUUGAAUCUUUUCGGAAGUGCAAUAGGAUACACAAUUGCGGCUUCCCUUAGCAUGAUGGCAAUUAAGAGGUCUCACUGUGUCCAUUCCUCUGACGGAGAAAACCCAUGUCAUAUUUCUAGUAACCCAUAUAUGAUCGGUUUUGGGGCAAUCCAAAUUUUCUUUUCUCAAAUUCCAGAUUUUCAUAACAUGUGGUGGCUCUCAAUAGUGGCUGCAGUAAUGUCUUUCACCUAUUCCAUAAUUGGUCUCGUUCUAGGAAUCGCCAAAAUUACAGAAACGGGGACUUUCAAGGGAAGCCUCACUGGAAUAAGCAUUGGAACUGUGACAGAGGCCCAAAAAGUAUGGGGUGUUUUUCAAGCUCUUGGUAACAUAGCCUUCGCCUAUUCAUAUUCCUUCGUUCUCCUUGAAAUUCAGGAUACAAUCAAAUCUCCACCAUCCGAAGUAAAAAUAAUGAAAAAGGCUGCAAAGUUAAGUAUUGCAGUGACCACAACAUUUUAUAUGCUUUGUGGCUGCAUGGGCUAUGCUGCUUUUGGAGAUUCAGCACCUGGGAACCUGCUUGCUGGAUUUGGUUUCCAUAAACUAUAUUGGCUUAUAGAUAUUGCUAAUGCUGCUAUCGUAGUUCACCUUGUGGGAGCAUACCAAGUGUAUGCCCAACCCCUCUUUGCCUUUGUCGAGAAGGAGACAGCAAAAAGAUGGCCCAAAAUUGACCAGGGAUUCAAAAUUUCAAUUCCUGGUUUGCAGCCCUACAAUCAGAACAUAUUUAGCCUAGUCUGGAGGACAGUGUUUGUGAUCAUAACCACUGUUAUAUCAAUGUUGCUUCCAUUCUUCAACGACGUUUUGGGAGUGAUUGGAGCAUUGGGGUUUUGGCCUUUAACUGUCUACUUUCCUGUGGAGAUGUAUAUAUUGCAAAUGAAGAUUCCAAAAUGGAGCAUGAGAUGGAUUUCUCUACAAUUGUUGAGUGCGGUCUGCCUCAUUGUAUCAAUUGUGGCUGGUCUUGGCUCAGUGGUCGGUGUCUUGCUUGAUCUCAAGAAAUACAAACCAUUCAGUUCUGAUUAUUAA